GGCGACUGCUACAAGUGCGGGGUCGCGUUCAAGGGAACGCCGUCGUUUUGCACGGCUUGCGGCGCGUCGUUCAAGCGAGCGUCCAUGCUCGCCCGCCAGAACCCGGACGGCAACUGCGGCAAGUGCGGUGCCGGCUACAAGGGAAGUCCCAACUUCUGCGUCAAGUGCGGCUUCUCGUUCAAGAAGAAGGCGCCCGCGGCCUCGGCGGCGGUCAUCAACAGCGCGGCGCCGGCGAGCCCCGCGCCCGCUUUUGCGUCGACCGUGACCUCCUCCGCGACCGCGACCGCGUCGGCAAGCGGUGUUCGCAGCAGCCCGGGCUACAACAGCGCCAUCUCGGCUUCGUCGCCGUCAGUUACCACCUCGCGCGCUGCUGCCCCCACCAGCCUCGCUUCGACCGCCUCGGCGCCUGCGGUGAAGCCAGCGUCGACUCCCACCGCCACGGCCGCAGCUGCCACGAAUUCCACGCCCGCGGCCGCCUCCUCUUCGUCGCCUGCAUCAUCGCCCGCCAACACCGGCUCGGGCUCGCUCCGGCGCUGGGGGAGCACCGUCAGCUCGACCGCCGCCUCGUCCACCCCAGCCUCGACCUCGGCCUCGACGACCCCCGCGGCGGCGGCCACGACUAGUACCCCUGCAGCCUCGGGCUCGACAUCGGGCACGACGAGCGCCCGCAAGUGGGGCGCCGCCGGCAGUGCUUCGCCCGCGCGCACCUACGCAUCCAACACCCUGCCCCGCAACUUCACCCUCUCUGCGGCGUCUUCGCCUUCCACCGCGUCGUCGCCGUCAGCAGCGUCGUCGUCGGCCUCCAGCUCUGGGAACACGCCCUCGUGGCGACGCAACCAGAGCGGCGCCACAGCGUCGUCGCUGGCCUCCUCCACCUCGAGCGGAAGCGGCUCCGCGAUCACCCCUGCGUCCUCGAGCGCGGCUUCGCAGACGACGACCUCCGUAGCCUCCGUCUCCACCACUCCCGCCAUCACCGUCUCGCCGACGCCGACGACGGCAUCCGGGCCGUCAACCACAAAGGCCACCACAACGCUGUCGACUCCCUCCUCGCCGGCCGCCUCGCCGGCCACCGGCGGCGGCGGCAUGUUCCGAUCGUCGUCCUCGCCGGCGGUUCCGUCCUCGUCCUCAUCCUCGUCCUCGUCGCCGUCGGCGUCGCCGUCGUCGGCGGCCGCUUCCACCUCGGCCGCCUCCGCCACCACCAAAUCGCCUCAGGCCGCUCUGGCCUCCUACGGCGAUCGGCUGAAGAACCUGCGAGGCCGUGCCGGGUCGGCUACCACCUUGCCCACGACCAGCUCGGGCUCGGGCUCGACAGUGUCGGCGUCGGCGUCGGCCGCAGCGCCGGUGUCGGACGAACAGCUGAGACGGGAGGGCGAGGAGCUGAUCCGCAAGCUCGAGGCCGCACGCCGCGAGAAGGACAACGCCAGGCGCGAGAUGGACACCAUCCUGCAGCGAAAAGAGGCUGCCAGGAAGAAGAUGGAGGCCAUGCACGGAAAGAAGAGCGCCGCUGUGGGCGAGAAGCCCGCGGCGGCCGGAGCUGGUCGAACCUCCACCCACGCGCAAUCGUCGCGACAGAGCGUCCGCAAGAGCUCCUACGCGCGGACCCAGGCAAACGCAGCCAUCGUGCAGCGGCUCGGGCAGGUGUUGGCCACAAUGGAGACGUUGGAGACCGCCAUCGCCACCGCCGAAGACGCGCAGGCCAAGGCCGAGAACGAACUCAUCGAAUACGCCAUCGAGCAGAAGAAGCGUGAGGAGUCGGUCCAUGAGCUGCUGCGGGAGUUGGCCGGCGUGCAGGCGAAGCUGGCGACCUUCCAGCAGCGCUUCGCGUCGAACCAGAAGGCGGCCUCGUUCUCGGCGCAGAUCUCGCAGAUUCUCGUGGCCUGCGUCACCGCCGUCGCGCGCACCCUCACCACCCAGGCCGCCGCUCCAGCCGCUUCCACGCCGGCGUUCAACCGCUCGGGAUCGUUUUCGGCGAUUCCGGCAGCGCCGACGGCGCCCAUGGCCCCGGCGGCCCCAAUGGCGCCAGCCCCGCCAAGCGCACUCACCUCCUCGGGACAGACGAGUGUGCCCGGUAACACUUCUCUGUUGGCCCAGAUCAAGGCCGGCAAGCAGCUCAACAAGAUAGACAUCGAAGCCCUCCGAAAGAAACGAAAGCGGCAGUCGAGCAUGUCGCUCUCGGUCAUCGCGCAGACCCUGCGCGCGGCGAUCGACCUCAAGUUCGACGAAGACGACGACGACGACGACGAACCGGCGGACGGCGGCGGCGAGGAAUGGGACGAAGACGUGUGGGACGAGGAGGACUGCUUCUGA